UCUAUAUAAUUUAUAUUGAAAAUCUUGAACGUGUGCUAGUCUUUACGUCCUAGAUGGCAUACAACUCCCCUACCUUUUUCCAACACCAAUUCGUAGACAUUUCUGUUCAGCCAUAUCUGGCAAAAUGGAUGCCUCUACAAUUGAUUUAGAAGCUGAGAUUCGGGAUUUGGGGAAAAUUCUCAUUGAACAUCCAGCUCAUGUGGAAAAAGUUCUUCAGACAUUAGAGUUAGACAAUUCUGCUCUUCGAUACAUAGAUGCUAUUUUAAAUAGUCAUUUAAAGCAGCUUUACCGUAAUUUAGCCUCGAAUUCUCCUCUACAUACGCUCUCAAUCUUGAGAGCAAUGGCUUCAUGGAAUAACGGGGUUGCUUGUGGUCGAGUUUUUCAAGCUUUCGAUUGGAGCGGUAAAGUAUUUACAAAGUUACUGCAACUUUCCAACCAGCUAAAUUCUUCAAAACGAAAUGUUAAGCGGAUGCGUAUGGCGUCUUCCAAGAAACGUUCCUCAUUUAUAUUAUUGUUAAUCACAUUAAUCCGUUACGGAACUCAGGAGGUACGCACAGAGCUAAUAAAUACAAAAAAUAUUACGACUCCUCUGUUUAAAGGGAUCUACAACGAUGAACCGGUUGUUCUGAAAGAUCUAUUACAGGCUUGGCUUACAUACAUAAUCUUAGAUCGUAAUGUGAGUAGAUCUACUAAAGUUUUUUAUUUCAAUGAAUGGUCAUUGAACUGUCUCCUGAGUCUCUAUUCACGUGAAGAAGAAAUGAAUGGCGUUCCUCUGUACGAACAUGUGCACAAAUUCUUUCUGCGAGCUUGCACUGUGCCAGGAGAGGGUCUUUGCUUUUCCUCGGUCGGAUGGCAUGCUCCUCCGAAGUCUGAAGCAAAUAUGAACGUUUAUAAUCGUGUUUUGCAGUCUCUAUUGCCUUCAUUGCACAUCUAUACCGAUCCUUUGCAGCGUGAGCUUUGUCUAAAAAUAUUGAGUGCUUGCCCUGACAUAUCUGCAUCCUUUUUAGAAAGAAAUAGUUUGAACACUGAGCCAACGCUAAGCUUUCAAUGGAUAUGCUUCACUUCUUUUCUACAGACUUUCCUUAGCAUGGACUUGCCUAAACCCUUUUUCCGUCCUGAAACCAACACUCCUCCGUCUGUUCACAGUGUCGUUGAGAAUACGUUACCGGCUUCAUUUUCGAAGCCUUUGAUGUUGAAGUCACUAAAUAGUUCAGACAAGCUUGUUUGCUAUUUAGGCUUGAACACACUGUUAUCGGCAUUUAAGAGAUUAAAACAGGUCUUGACUACUAUCGACGAAUCUGAGUUAGAUUCUGAAAGCAAAAUUUCGUUGAUUACAUCGAUCACUGAUGCUGUAUCCAGUCGUCUCCCUGAUGUGCAAAUAUUUAUUCAGCUCUAUACAACAAGUAAGCAUGAGUUGUUGACGGAUGCUUUGUCGAAAAUUAUCCUCUCUUAUUAUACUUUCUUUCCGGAAACUGUUUUGAAGCUCAAAAUUAGCAGCAAUGUUUUCUUAGGCACUGACUUGUCUUCAAUUUCUAUCGAUCGUCCUUUCUCUCGUUCUCACUUGCAAAGUCUUAUUGAAAUUAUUAAGCUCUUACCGGACGUAAAGUGUUUUGAGCUGUCGAAUUCUCCUUUUAUUUUCUUGACUUCUCUUUACCUAAAAUCAGAAUACUCUCAGUUGAAGGAUGCUGUUAUAAAGGUUCUUGAAGACGCUCUAGCUGAAACUGACGUCGUGUCACCGUCGCUUUUAGUAUCUCCAAUUAUACCCAUGUUGCAAGCUUUAGAAACUAUACCUGAAGAAUAUGUUAGCAAUGUCCUACAGUAUGCGAAUGCGUGUAUAAGUAGAUGUACGUCACGUGUUUAUGCUUACUUAGACAUGUCUAUUAGCUAUUGCAAGGAAUCACUCUUGGAUUAUCAUGAUGGAAUGGUACCACCGUUUUCUCCGCUUUCUAUAGUUCUUCUUGAACAGAUACCAUUUCUCUUGAAGGAUGCGUCAGUUAACCAGGAUGCAAAGUUGUAUGUCUUAAAUUGGAUCUUUAAAUGUUUGGUAUUUUUAGGUUGUUGUGGUGAAUCUUUUAGCUGUCUUUCGAAGUUAGCCACAAAGCUAAAUAGCGUUAAAACUGAAUAUAAUUUUGCUGCAAGCGAUAUAGCUAGUUUUACUGAAAUUAUCGAGAAGUUAGCAAAGAACAUGGAGCUGGGAGAGUCGCUACAAAAUUCAGACUUGCUUUCGUUGUUGCUGUUGUGCAAUGGCGAUUCGUUCUGGGAGAGAAUAAAAAAUGGGUUUUCUAUUCAACCGCGGUUUGCUCUUCUUUAUUUCUGUGUCUUGUUAAAAAGGCUUGCUAUACUUUUGAACAACAAUAAGUCAAACAUAUAUCCACUUUUUGAGUUAUUAUCAGAAAGUGUUCAUUUAUAUAUGGAUUCGACGGAUAGUCAAUCAAGUUUAAGCCUCAGAAAUAUUUUUUCUAGUCUCUUAAACUUGGAAAGUUUUACCAUGCAUCCUGAUUUCAUUGAAUUUAAUUUGCUGUAUGCUGAUUUUCUUCACGAAUCCCGCGCAUUUAAUAGUGAAGGCUAUAUUAGCAGACUGUCGUUAGAAGAAACAAGAAACUUUUUAAAUAACCCUACAGAACAUAAUUUAUGGAAAAUGCCUCUGUUAGCUAAGUAUAUGGGACAAUGGUCUCAAGAUCAAACUAACUGUGCCUGUCAAUCAAUUGACAUCUUCGUGCAAGAGCAUACCUCGUUUGUUACUAAGCAUUGUCAAAGUAUUUCUCCUAUUUUGUCUAAGUACAUCACUUACGUGUCCAUGAAUAAACACCUAUUGUCAGAACAAACUUUUGAGGUCUUGCUUGAAAAUUCAUUGUCCAAGUCUUCGGAACUGUCGACGUCCUUAAGUGAACAUCUUCCUCAAUUGAAGGACUUUUUAGGUGCACCGUUCGCAGAAAAGUCUAUAAAGACAUUGGAAUAUGUUUUACUUGAAGGUUGUGACGAUAUAAGAGUAAAUAUAAUAUGCUCUUUAAGUUAUGCGUCGUGUGAAAUUGCGUCUAGCCUAUGGAAGUUUUUUCUUUCUAACAAAGAAGUGAGUAAUCAAUUCUGUAAAGAAUACAUCGGAUUAUAUAGUGCUUUGGCUCAAAACAUUGAUGCUAGUCAUAUUCCUCUGAAUGAGGUUCAAGAUUGGUGUACGUUUAUUUUCGAAUCGAAUAUUGAAUUUAUUCUUGAAAAUUCAUCAAUUCUAGCUACUGCGUUCCCUAUGGUUUCUCUUUGCAACGUGAAAUCCUCCUUUUUCGACGAAAUUAUGUCAAAACUAUCCGAAAACUAUCUUCCAUUCAAUAUAUUUGAGCUUUUAAGAAUUAUUGCAUCCAAACACGAAAUUAUUUCAUCAAAAGUUUCCAAUGUAUGUUCAGAUAUCUUGUUGCUGUUGACUCGUGUCUUCUCAAAUAACGAUAAUUUGGAUAAAAGCUUGUUCUCAUUCAUUGACAACUUCAGUGUUUAUUUGAACGAAAAUUCAGCAAGUGUGGAAAAAGGAAUAAGCAAGACAGUUUUAGACAACUUUUUGGAAUCAGCUUUGAAACAUAUUCAAAACAAAUCAGUUUUGGAAUUCAUUCUUAAACUAUUAUUUUCUAUACCAUCGGAACAAUACAACUCCUCUAAGGUUUUGCAAAUGAUGUUAGCAAAUGAGAACAAUCCUUUAAUGUUGGAAGGUUCUUCUAGUGUCGAUAAGUCGCUUGUUGCUGCUGUUAUCUGUAAACUUACAAUAACGGGCAAUAACUAUUCUUUAUCGAUUAUGGAUCAGAUUAUCCGGUUGUGUAAAGGCAGAUACACUCUCCAUGACUCGAUUCUUUGUGAACUUCUGCGAUAUAUGGAAGAAAGACUCAAUGUCAGCGUCGCCAGUCGAUACAAAGGCUGGGUUAUUACGAAUGAUGAGGAAGUAAUAACAAUGUCCUUAAAAGAGAAAUCUUCGGUAUUAGAGCCACGUGUGGCUCUAGAAAGCAUUCAUCAUUAUCCUUCAUGCUAUAUACCAAUUCAACUUGAUUCAUUUCAAGACUUAAAUGUUUGUGAAAAACUUUUAAGGACGGAAGACUUCGAGUGGAACGAAAAAAUAUAUCAUCCGGUGUUUGCACUAGGUAUGGUUGCCGCAUUAUACCAUACAAAUCCUGAAGUCUCUAAUAUGCAAGUUAUUCUUCAACAACAUUUUAUGGGAUUAAUAAUAAUGGGUCUUUCAUUACAUAACUAUCAAUUGAGAGCUGCUUGUUUUCAUUUCAUUCAGCAUUUCAUUCUGGGACUAGAAGAUCAAAAGCUUCGUGAAAGACAUUUAGUUAAACUAACACUCUCAAGUAUAAUUGUUAACGUUUCUACUCCAAAUCAAAGAUUGAGCACGUUAAUGGCGAAUUUUUAUGCUCAGAGUGUAAGCAUAAUUAUGAGACCCUCUCAUCACAUGUUUUUGGGUAUCAACCGCUAUUUCUUGCAAAGACAACACAUUGACAUUACUGAUAUUCCUAUGUUUUAUGAAUUGUUAUAUCCCUCUUCCGAUUACACGAAAUGUCUUUCUUGGUUAUUAUCGUUGUUGUUGGCGGGUUUACAAAAAGGAGAAGACUUGAAACUUUAUCUUCGUCGCCAUGUAUUUGAAACGAUAUGCACUUUGUAUGAAUCUUGUGUGGUAAAUAGAGAGAUACGGGAAGCUAUCGCGAAAAUCCUUCUAAGGGUAGAUGCACUAGGUGCUGGUGCUAUUCUAAAAAAGCAUAACGCUGUGUAUUCUUUACUGCAGUUACUUCCGUAUGAAAAUCUACUGUCAACCAAAUCCAUCCAGACAGCAGAAGCUUGAAAGGGAAGAGAUAAAAAAACAUCUUCUAAAAUUAAAAGUCGUUUUGUUAUGGGAAUCCGGUUUACGUACACAAUAGAACUUGUAAUAACACAAUCUUAAUCAAGAAUUUAAAGGGAAGGACAUGGGAAAAUUUAUUGUAGAUUUACAAACGUCGAGUAAUAUUCAUGAAACCAUAG